CCAGCCUUCCCUGUCUCACCUGGGGGAGAACUCCGUUUAUUUCCUUAAAGAGGUGUAAUUGAUUUUCUAAGCAAAGCUCGCGCCGUUGGAAUAAGUUGGCGCCGAGGGGAAAAGGAGAGAAACUUUUGGCAUUGACUAACGUAUAUAAAUGUAUAUAAAUAUACUUCACACCUCGCCUCCCCUCACAUUCCUGACGCGCCCCCAACGGGGCCAAGGUUAAAAGGAAAGCGCCAACGCAGAGAUGGACACAAACAGAUCCCGGGUUUGCCCCUCGCGCACCCCGAUGUGCUGCUGGGUGUGGCGGCGGGGCGGGAGGGGGGCCCGGGUUGGGGUAUGGGCUGGUGCCGGGGCGGGGAUGCGGGACCCGCGCCCGGCGCCCAGACCGCCAGGGUCUCCCGGCCGCUCCGGGAGCUCACGGGCCGACCUCGGGGUCCCCUCCCCAUCGUCCCUCAUCCCCGCCCGCCCGGGGCCGCGGGUCUCUCUCCCUUCGGGCUGCGGACUGGCACCGUGUAUUUGGGGUCUCCGGGCAGGGUGGGGUGUAAGCACGGGAGGAGCCGUGCAAGGGCCUUGAGUAAAGAUCGAUCUUCGUAAAAAUGGUUGCCACCGGCGUCGUUAUGGCCAUCAGAGCUAUCGCCCAGAGGCUCCGCCGCGGGGCCCCGGCGGUGAGGAGCAGCGGCGGCGAGGCUGGUCCCCGACUCUCCGCGCCGGGAGCCAGCGCGGGGAGCACCCGGGGCUGCAGAAAGCUGAGAUGAUGGAAAGAAUAAGAAAAGAGAUGAUUCUGAUGGAGAGAGGGCUGCACAGCCCCACGGCCGCCGGCAAGAGGUUCUCCAAUCUGUCCGACUCGGCUGGCAAUGCUGUCCUCGAGGCCCUGGAAAAUUCGCAGCACCCGGCUCGCCUCAGCCCGCGCCUGCCGUCCGCCCCCCUGCACAGCUCACUGGGAGACCUCCCCGCCAAGGGCAAAUUCGAAAUAGACUCUCUGUUCAACCUGCAGCACCCGGGCGGCGAAAGCACCGUCUCCUCCGAAAUCGCCUCGGCCUCGGAGGGCCGCAAAAAGCCGGGCCCCUAUUCCGAGGCGGCCGGCGAGGACAUGAGCAGCGACGUGGAGGUGGGCUGCUCUGCGCCGCUCAAGGAAAACAAUGGCAAAGGGUACGCCGAGGGCGGCUCCGCCGCGGGCACCACGGCGCCUUCGUCGGGUUCCGGCCUGGGCAGCCUGCAUGGAGGCGGCGGCGGCGGCGGCGGGGGCGCGGCGCUGGGCAGCUCGGGCGCCGGUGCCGAUCAGGUGCGGCGCUACCGCACGGCGUUCACCCGCGAGCAGAUCGCGCGCCUGGAGAAGGAGUUCUACCGGGAGAACUACGUGUCGCGGCCCCGCCGGUGCGAGCUGGCCGCCGCGCUCAACCUGCCCGAAACCACCAUCAAGGUGUGGUUCCAGAACCGGCGCAUGAAGGACAAGCGGCAGCGCCUGGCCAUGUCGUGGCCGCACCCCGCCGACCCCAGCUUCUACACCUACAUGAUGACGCACGCGGCCGCCACCGGAAGCCUGCCCUACCCCUUCCACUCGCACGUGCCGCUGCACUACUACCCGCACGUGGGCGUCACGGCCGCCGCCGCCGCCGCCGCGGCCUCGGGAGCCGCGGCCGCCGCCUCGUCGCCCUUCGCCACCUCCAUCCGCCCGCUGGACACCUUCCGCGCCCUCUCGCACCCCUACUCGCGGCCCGAGCUGCUGUGCAGCUUCCGCCACCCGGGCCUCUACCAGGCGCCCGCGGCCGCCGCGGGGCUCAACAGCGCGGCCUCGGCCGCCGCCGCUGCGGCCGCCGCGGCCGCCGCUGCUUCCUCGGCCGCGGCGGCGGGGGCGCCCCCCAGCGGCGGCUCGGCGCCCUGCUCGUGCCUCAGUUGCCACAGCAGCCAGUCCGCCGCGGCCGCCGCGGCCGCCGCCGCCGCGGCCCUGGGCUCCCGGGGGGCCGGCGGCGGGGCCGGCGGGGCCGGCGGGGCGGGCGCGGGGGCCGCGGGGGGCUCGGACUUCGGCUGCAGCGCCGCGGCGCCGCGCUCCGACAGCGGCUUCCUGCCCUACUCGGCCGCGGUGCUCAGCAAGACGGCCGUGAGCCCGCCGGACCAGCGGGACGAGGCGCCGCUCACCAGAUAACUACGUCGGGGGCCGUGCCCCGGCGUCCCCUCCACGCCCCCCGCGCCCUCGGGGCGCCCGCGUGCCCUGGGCGCGCUGCCCUCUGAGAACGCUGCCGGCAGGGGGCGCCCCGGCGCGGGAGGGAGACUGGAGGGAACCUGCAGGAAUUGGGGGGGAAAGAACGGGCGCGGAGCCCGGCGGGCGUCCCUCCUCCUCCCACCCCCCCCACAAAAAUUAUUUCUAUUUUUAUAUUUGCUACCCAGCCGCCUCCCCUUCUCUAAGUCUGUUUCCCGCUGCCCAGGGCCUGCUUCCCGUCUCUGUCCCGAGCUCUUGGUCUCCCCAAGAGGAUCCCCUCGUCCGAGGACCACCCCUCCGGGGUCUGGGCUCGCUGGGAGCCCGUAGGCCCGGGUUAUGGGGCCGAACCACGUGGCCGGCGGCGACCGUGAACCACAACAAAGAGAGGGGAGUGGUGCGCGCGGGUGCUCCGUGCGGGAGGGAAAGUCACCCUCGAGGUCCCCGCUGCUGCUCUUUCCCCCUCAUCCUUUCUUUUCUUUACACGAGGGUGAGGGUCGGUGGCAGUUUUCCUCUCGGCCUGAGCUUGUGAGGGGCCCCGUCCCAGGAGAGCGGAGGGAUGGGGGGUCUGAGCAGAAGGCCGGAAGGGGGGGGCAGGGGGACAGCACGGAGGGCUGCGGGGAGGGGGUGUGUUGUGCGGUUGCUUACUGCGUGCGGGACCCAGGCCAGCGGGGCUGUGGCCGCCUUCCCCAGGAAGGACAAAGCAGAGGUGGGAAGGGGUGGCCUCUCGCCUCCUCUCCCUCCUCUCUCUCUCUGGGCCCACCACCACUUUCUCUUUUUUGGUUCGGGAUGGAGGCAUCUUGAAUAUUUUAUGCAAAAACUAAUGGCUAAUGAGGUGUCCACAGCCAGGCCAGGGAAGAAGAGGGAAAUGAAGGGGAGGGCAAGAUUGACAGAUCUCUGGAGUAUUCCAAGAAGAAGCGUUUUCAGCUCAGUUUUUCAGCUGCUGGGUUCCAUUCCAUCUGGGAAAUACUUGAAUCUCUAGAUGUACGCUAUUAUCCCGAAGCAUUUCCUUAGACCCUUUUCUGAGUCCGAACUCUCUCUCCCCCUCAUUCCUUUCGUUCUUCGCUUUCUCACUCCUCCGGUAAAAUGGUUCUUGGCAUGUUUCUCACGCACUUCCAUUGCGCCUGCCUUCGCCGCUGCAAAGCAAGCCGCCGCUGGGUUGUGGAGACCCGCUCUGCCAACUCCGGCUACUGGAGGGGGGUUUCCUUGAACUUGAAGAAAGGCACAUCAAAACCCACCAGUGUUAACUGCCACGUCAAUUUUGAUGCUAAUAAUGUGCAGAUUAUGACGAAAAUUGCCAAUCAUGCUCUCUGAUGGACCUCCUUUGAAUGUGGAAUUGGAGAAAAGUUCCCCGCAUGGAGACCUGCUGUCAAGUACUAACAACCCGCUAAGGGAAGUCAUUAAGAGAGACGGAUAAGAGACUCGGUACAUAAAACAUUGUUCUUGGUGCAUAGAAUGUAUGUUAUUUAACGUUAUCUCUGUUACCUGAAGUGAUUUCGAAGAAGAAAGAUGCGUUCUUAUCAUCUCAAUUGCCAAUUUUCAUUUUGGUAACUUGGACGUCCUGGGUAGACUUUUCUCUGUUAAGUUGAUAUUCCACCAAUGUGAAGAGCCUCAUUAAAUCAAGCCCAGAUAUUUCCAUAAUGCUCCCCGCAGAGCCACUUCGCUCCUCACAUAAUGAGAUUUUUCUGAAGAGUUAAAGCCCUAAAAUAACUUGCUAGUGCAUGUUUAGACCCAGUGAAGUGGGUAUGUGUAUUAAAGUGUAGGUAUGCUACCUACAUAUUUGUGUGUGUGUGUAUAUGUAUGUAUGUAUAUACAUAUAUAUCUGUUCUCUUAAACAUAUACAUAUGUAAAAGAUACACACACACAUUCAUAUAUACCCAUUGGCACUAUUUUCUGUGAUUUAUUUCAAAUUUGUGUUCUGACAUAGUUUUGUUGUUUUAAAGACACUGGAUUUAGAAAUAUAUUUUUUAAAAAAAAUAGGCUUCCAGGAGGCUUUUGAAAGAAUUCACUUUCCAGGAUAAAUUAUUAUUUUCAUCAAAUGGAAAAUAUUUCAAGGGGAAACAACAUUUCCUCCUGGGGUCUAUUAAAAUAUUCCCAUAAAAUAUUAGAGAAUUUCCCAAUGAAAUAGCAAUGAUCUAAAGCUUAACUUUUUUCUUUUUUUCUUUAAAGAGAUGAGACUACUUAUGUUAAAUAUUGAUUAUACCAGCUCUUACUGAGUUUACAUUAAAAUAUUAAUAUAUAAUUUAAGGCUAAAUAAAAUAAACCAAAAUAUGGUACCCUUUAUCAGCUUUAACUUUGUAGAUUGUUAAAGUCCUUUCUUAUGAUCAGCUAUUAGAUGUAUAUAAGGUACUUUAGACGAUAAUGUUUACAUUUCCCCCCCAAAUAUAUAUGACCGGUGAGAAGGAUGGUUGAAAAAAAAAUGAACAUAAAUUCAUGUUAUGUUAGGUCCAUUGGAUCUGGUUAUUAUAUUAAAAUAAAAACUGUAAAUAAAGUCUUCGUGCUUUAAAUAUUGCUGGCUGUAUGAACUUACUGUAAGAUAUUUUACAAAUGUGCAAUAAUUAUAAAGCUUUGUAUAUUACGUUAUUUAUUGUGUUUGGUCAUGUCAAAUAAAUGUUAUUUAAAUCAAA